AUGACACGACUGCCUGCGAGGUUUUUUUUGUCUCUCUCUCUCUCUCUUUGUUAUUUUUUCUUCCUGAGAACCAAUAUCCCACGACCAACGGUUGAGUGGUGGCCCCACGCGCAUAGGCUAAAGUACACGAGACUGAUGGUCGGAGAAGCGAAAGCAGGCAAGAUGUGCACCCAAAUUCUCCGACAAGCCGUCAUGGCAGGUGGGUGU